AUGGCGGCAUUGAAUGUUGGGAAAACGGUCGCUCAGUAUGCGCCUGAGAGCGUCCCAGAUCUUUUGGUUAAGCUCUGCGAGGCUUUCCAGUUCAGCUCGAAUGCAACUUGCGUUGACAACUAUGCCGCAGGCAGCUUCGGGGCCAUUUGGACUCAGGUGUUGGCACUUGCGGACGUGACUGGCCUGGAUGGGCGAUAUAUCUGCAACGACCUUAGUAGUACCUUCUGCCCAGCGCCAGCGACUUCGCCUCUCAACGUGACGGGCUUGUUCCCCAAGCCCAAACCCAAGAAUGCGUGCGCACCCAAAGCUUCUGGAAAACGAGUCAAGGUCCUACAUUUGUCGGACUUUCACCUUGAUCCAAGAUACUCCGCUGCAUCAGAAGCAAAUUGCUCAGCAGGCUUGUGCUGCAGGACGAAUGUUCAUGCUACUGGAGAUGCUGUUGGGCAGGUGACUGUACCCGCGCCGCUCUACGGUUCAUUCAAGUGUGACACGCCUUACUACCUUGGUCUGGCUGCUCUUCAAGCGAUCGCGCCUUUGACUGGAACACAUGGCAAUUCUUCUGUUGCAUGGACUGUCUACACGGGAGACCUUGUCUCACACGACAGCCAGAACCAGCUCUCUCGUGCUUAUACUGAGUAUGCUGAGGUCAGCGUGUAUGAUCUUUUCAGGGAGUAUAUUGGGAGCCCGGUCUUUCCUGUGCUUGGCAAUCACGAUUCCAAUCCGGAGGCUAUCGACGCACCGCAUAGUCUUCCAGGGCCGCUUGGACAACAGUUCAGCUGGAACUACAACCACGUGGCCUCGCUGUGGCAGCAAAAUGGCUGGAUCAACUCGACUACAGCGAAUGAAGCAAGGCUGCACUACGGUGCCUACUCUGUGCUAAAUCAAUACGGCCUGCGUAUUAUCACCUUAAAUACUGACUUUUGGUAUCGAAGUAAUUUUCUCAACUAUAUUAACACUUCCAACCCAGACGUCUCUGGCAUGCUUAACUUCCUGAUCCAGGAACUGCAAGCCGCAGAAGAUGCCAAGGAGAGAGUUUGGAUCCUAGGCCACGUCUUGGCCGGGUGGGACGGUAGCAAUCCUCUACCCAACCCAACUAAUCUAUUCUAUCAGAUCGUCGACCGAUACUCGCCUCACGUCAUAGCCAAUAUUUUCUUUGGUCAUACGCAUGAGGACCAAGUCAUGAUCUAUUACGCAAACAACGGCACUGUCCAGACAUCUGAGAACGCCUUGACACUAGGCUGGAUUGGUCCUUCCGUCACUCCCUUGACAAAUCUCAACAGUGGCUUCCGCAUGUACGAGGUCGAUACUGGCUCAUUUGAGAUCUACGAGGCCUAUACUUGGUUCUCCAAUGUGUCAAGCUUCCCUCACCUCAACGUGUCUAAGAGUGGUCCAACCUACCAAUUUGAGUACUCAACUCGUGAGGCUUACAACAUCAGCUGGCCAGAGGCGUCGCCGCUGGAUGCGAAGUAUUGGCAAGCAGUGACAGAAGCUAUGGAAACCGACUUCAGUCUCGUGGAAAAGUUCAAUUCUUUUCAAGGGAAGAGCAGUGUUCUGACUCCCAAUUGUACCAGUGCAGCUUGUGCUAAAGCCAAGAUUUGUUACAUUAGAAGUGGUUCCGCGGUCUUGGGCAGGCAGUGUCCGCAAGGAUAUGGAUCAGUGCAGUCGGCCUUUGACCCGCCAAGCACUUAG